UUUUUUUUUCUCAAGGCAAGCCACAAAAGAUAAGAUGCAGUCUCUAGACCACCACUCCAACUCUUUCACACUGCAGUCAGUUCCAAAAUGGGUGCAAGUCGCUUAGCCGUCUCUACCGUCUUCUUCCUUUCCCUCACACUUUCCAGUAGCCGAGCUGUGAAGAGCAGUUGCAUCCAAUGGAGAAAACCUGGUGAAUCUGUAAAAAUUAGCUGCAGUCCAACAUCAAAAGAAGAUCAUUUGUAUUUGUAUAAGUUUUGCGAGAGUUUCCCUGUUCUCCAAUGGGACCUAAAAGAUACAUUUACCAUUAAAGCUGGAUGGGAGCCAAGAGUCAAGACAGAAGUGACAGAGACCAAAGGACUAAUCAUCACAAUAGCCAACCUGACAGCAGAAGACACAGGUUACUACAACUGUCAGUACAAGGUGUUAAAAGAUUUCAAUUUGGUCGUGACGAGUGGAGCCGGCUCUGUUCUCCUGGUGGUUCAUGUUUUUGAUCAAAUAGAUGCAGUUGAAACCUUCCCCUUGAUCCUAGUAGUUGUGCUGUGCGUUGUCAUCCUGCUACUUCUCUCUGUUCUGGUGACGAUGUGGAUUCUUCGAACGGUGAAGUCCAUGCACAUUAAUGCUGUGAGGCCUGUCCAGCGAGCCCACCCCAGCGACGUCUACGAGGACAUGAGGAGCACCUGCAGGCGUUAGGCCCAUCUGCUUCCUAUCUUCCCAUCAUUGUGGAGCUCUCUAGAAUGAUUGCCUGGGGGAAAUUGAUUGAAUGUGUGCUAUGUCAUAAAUGGGUGCAAUGCCAUUAAUGAGGAGGGACCCCCCCCCCUCUUUAUUUUCUCCCUGUUACUUCUGGGGUCCAAUCAGUUUAGUGAAAAAAGUUUGAAAUAACUUGGGUGGCGCUUGGUGUCAGACCAGGCAGAUAGGGCCCUUAUAAUUAAAAAGGUUAAAAAACUGCUUAACUUCUAAUUUGCAAGAUAUCUGGGGAAGCAGAAGAACAAUGUAUACAGUACAAAUUAGUUGUUCAGAAAUGUAUUCACUGAGGUCGUUUGAUAGCCAACAUGCCUGAUGUGCACACAGUAGGUAGUGGUUUGAAAAAGCUCAGGCUGUCAAAAGGUUCUUGGUGUGAACUAAACUAGUUGAGGGUAUUCUCUUGACUAGAUUCUCUAUAUUUGAGAGAUAUAGUUGCACCGGAGUCAUGUCAUUUAUGUUCAGAGUUAGAGUCUGAAAGCUUUGCAACAAUGGAGCGGCGAGGGUUAGUUCCUUUUCUUUGCGGGACGGUGGGGGGAAGCUUGGCUCCUCUGAAUAUCUCAAAGUUUUGCACCAAAUUUGGUAGGUGGGUUAAGUCCAUGUCAAGUUAAUAACAUUUCGUGCCAAUUUCUGUACUAUGUAAUUAUUUUUCUGAUAUUGCUGAAAGGGUUGGGUCAUAUUUAGCCUGUUGUUGAAUGCAUAUGUUGUACAGAAUUGUUUAAAGAUGGAACUGAUUCAUCAAAAUAUUUGUCUUGCAUUAUGCAUACCUGCAAAUGUAUUUGAUGUACUCAUUUAAAUAAAAAAAUAAUUCCAACUGAA